GGUAGGUCACAACAUCAUUACUGUUCUUCAGUGCUCGUCAGUAUGCAUUGCUCUCGUUUGUUCCUCUUGUCGGCUCUGAGUAGCUGUACCUGUCAGCUCGCAUAUGCCCAGAGCUCAAGCUCUCAGGUACUGGCCUACACUGUCCCUGCUGGCUUCCCAACCAGUCUAUUUCCCGCAUACUACAUCCCCCCAUCGCCAACGCGAGAACCACAACCCAUCCUUUAUGACUCGACACUGAACUACACCUUCCCUUUUUCAUUGACCGACCCCUACAACAUUCCCCAGAUCGACGAGGAUCCGGUCUACUACCCAACUCCGCUGUACACGGUGACCAACACGACCGCACUGAUUGCCAAUGCCACCAGCCAACUGAGUGCCAUCCUCGCGGCAAACGGGACCAACUGCACCAAGUGUAUGUCAGCAUUGGAAGUCGGCCAAUAUGUCGCUCAGCGCGCUCCUUCACUGGUGCCAGACUUGCUAGUCGAGCUUUGCAUUAGCACCAAAUUCUCUUCAAAUGCCACAUGCACCGACAACUAUCAAGCGGGAAGCUUUGGCGCUAUCUGGACUCAAAUCCUUGCUCUAGCCAACGUGUCGGGAUCUGAUGGUCACUACAUCUGUAACUCACUCAGCAGCACCUUCUGCUCAGCUCCUUAUACUCUCCCAUCCAAUACCACCGCUUACUUUGGUGCGAAGCCCGCCAAUAUCACGGUCCCGAAAGCCAGCGGCAACCGCGUCAAGGUCCUUCACAUGAGCGAUAUCCAUAUCGACCCUCGAUAUGCAGUCGCAUCUGAAGCCAACUGCUCCAGUGGUCUUUGCUGUCGCGCCAAUGCCGCAAGCACUUCAGGACAGGUCACUCUUCCAGCGCCUCUCCAUGGCUCUUUCAAAUGCGACAGUCCUUACUUCCUCAUCACUUCGGCCCUCGAAUCGAUUGCACCAUUGACGGGAACCACUCACAACAACCAAUCACAGGACGACCAGUUCGCAUGGAGCAUCUACACUGGUGAUUUGGUUUCUCAUGAAAGCCAGAAUGAGUUGUCCCGCAACUAUACCAUGUACGCCGAGUGGUCCAUCUACCAUAUGCUCAAAGCAUACAUUCCCAGUGGACCCAUUUUCCCCGUUCUAGGGAAUCACGACAGUAAUCCCGAAGCCAUUGACUCCCCCCACUCAUUGCCCGGAAACCUUGGUCAACAACAAUCCUGGAAUUACGACCACGUUUCCGCGCUCUGGCAACAGAACGGAUGGAUCAGCGCUGACGCUGCGAACGAAGCCCGCAUGCACUACGCUGCUUACAGUAUCAAUCAUCCCACAUAUCCUAAGUUGAGGAUCAUCACUCUCAAUACUGACUUCUGGUACAAGUCAAACUACUUGAACUUCAUCAACACCACCAAUCCCGACGUCAGCGGCAACCUGAUGUUCCUUGCCACCGAGCUCCAAGACGCCGAAAACAAGGGUGAAAGAGUCUGGAUCAUUGGACACGUCUUGACCGGCUGGGAUGGAUCCAACCCUAUUCCCAACCCCACCGAUCUCUUCUACCAGAUCAUCGACCGCUACUCUCCUCAUGUCAUUGCGGAAAUCUUCUUCGGCCACACUCACGAAGACGAAUUCAUGAUCUACUAUGCCAACAAUGGUACCGUGCAAGAUGCCGCCCACGCCCUUGCCGUCGGCUGGAUCGGACCUAGCGUCACCACUCUCACCAAUCUGAACAGCGGCUACCGCAUGUAUGAAGUCGACACGGGCGAUUUCUCCAUCUACAACGCCUACACCUAUUACACCAACGUCAGUACCUUCACCACUCUGAACACCACCCACUCCGGACCGACAUGGAAGUUCGAGUACUCCACCAGAGACGCAUAUCCAAUUGGAUGGCCCACCACAGCGCCCUUGAACGCCACUUACUGGCACCAAGUCACCGAAGCCAUGGCCGCCAACCACUCUCUCGUCAGCAAGUUCAACACAUUCGAAGGUAAAUCCAGCGUCAAGUCUCCCAACUGCACGAGCAAUGCCUGUGCUGAGGCCAAGAUCUGCUACAUGCGCAGCGGAAGCGUGGCUCUCGGCGCGCAGUGUCCUCAAGGAUUCGGCUCAGUCCAGAGCGCCUUUACCGGCAAGAACUUCUAAGCAUCGAGACGGCGCGUGGGCAUGUAUCAACACCACGACACAUGUUGUAAAAGCAAAAGGCCCACAAGGGUAAAAAAGGCGAAGAAAAAUAAUGAGAAUGGUAAUGAUAAUCACAUAGUAUAUCUGGCCACUUUGACCCUUCUGUACACUCC